CAUCCCUUCCAUUGUGGCUGCCCUCAAUGAAACACCGUAGAAAUCAACUCCAUAUUUGGAAUUGGGCCCACCCCUUUUUCUUCUUCUUCUUCCUCUCAUUUAAAACCCCACUGCCUUGUUUUUCUCUCACUCUCUCAUCCCUCUCCAAUGCUCCUUUCCUCACCAUGUCGUACACCACCCACCAUGGAGUCUUCUCGCUUUUCUUCUUGCUCUUCCUGCUCCUCUCUCCGCCGCCUUCCGUCGCACAGAACUUCAACCAAGACGAAGAAAAUUACGCUCGUUUCAGCCCUUCCAUGGCCGUAAUCAUCGUCGUUUUGAUCGCCGCUUUGUUCUUCGUGGGUCUUUUCGCCAUUUAUAUUCGGAAUUGUUCCGACGUCUACACCAACAGACAGAGCAUCCGCCCCGUCGCCGGGCGUUCAAUGCGCGGCACUCGUGGGCUGGACGCGUCGGUGAUCGAGACUUUCCCUAUCAUGGUUUACUCCGAAGUUAAGGGUCAUAAGAUCGGCAAGGGAGCCUUGGAGUGCGCGGUUUGCUUGAACGAAUUCGAAGACGACGAAACGCUGCGUUUGAUACCCAAAUGCGACCAUGUUUUCCACCCUGAAUGUAUCGACGCUUGGUUAGCUUCUCAUACCACUUGCCCCGUUUGUAGAGCCAAUCUCGUUCCUCAACCAGGUGAGCCCGUGAGUCAACUCACUGCAUUAAAUGACACUGCCGUCGAGUCAGACCUUGAGGCUCAGAACAAUGGCAGUAACUCAGAACCGGAAGAAGAAAGGAGCAUAAAUAACAACGCUGUUAAUUGUCAGGUAGAGGCCCAAGUGGCUUCGGAGGUUGAAGUGAAUAAUUUGAACGUAACUUUAAAUAGGAACCGUACACGUGGAUCAAGAUCUGGCCGUCCACGUAAACUUUCUUUCUUGCGAUCUCACUCGACCGGACAUUCUUUGGUCCAACCAGGCGAGAAUACAGAUCGAUUCACUUUACGGUUACCGGUUGAUGUUCGAAAACAGUUAAUGAACCGAAAAUUGAAUCGGGCGACAAGCUUGGUGUUGCCUAGGGAAAGGAGUUCACGCCGAGGGUACCGAGCAACAGAAGAUGGAGGGAGUAAUAGAGGGAAACUGGACCGUGGUGCCAAAUCGGACAGGUGGGUUUUUAGUAUGACACCACCGUUUUUUAAUAGAGCAUCCUCUGUGAAAUCACUAAAGGUGGCUGCGCAUGAUGGUGAAGGAACCUCAAGUAAUUUGCCGGUUGGACCGAUGGCUAACUCAAGCCGUCCUCCGGUGUAGAAGGUUUAUUUAUCUGAAUAAUUUAUCAAUUGCCAUAUCAUAACUUAAAAGCCUUGUGCUUUGUGUAGAUAUGUACAUUGUUUAUGCAAAUGAUUUCUUCAUUAUUAAUCCAAUUUUGGUUUAUUGAUUUUAA